AUGGCUUGUGAUGCGUCUAUUCCAAUCGAACAAACUCCAAAUAUAACCAAACUAUACCCAAAGCAUUGUCUUAAGGACAACAGGCGUUCGGCAUAUCGUAUCAACCAGGAAAGAAUUCGCUCAGCGCGCGAUAUCAGAUCAAGCGGAAGUAUCCGGCGACCAUACCAUUCUGCACGAAAACUAAAUGGUGCUCCAGACAAAAUAUCUGGAACAGACUGCGGACCUGACAAGACACUUCAACGAAAAAUUGCCAGUCGAUCCGAUAAGUGUCGAGGCGCUUUAAACUCGUCUAAGACGACAGCAUACCGCUCGUAUACAUUUGCAAGUGGAAAGGAGCCUUAUGCCCACCCUCAAGCUGUGAGUACAGGGAGGUACCAUGAAUCUCAAUGUGCUUUGAGUGAAAACACGCAACAAGUUUCUACAUCGGCAUAUUUUGAUAAGGUAGCGCGUUUUGAACAGGCAAACGCUCAAGUCAGUGCUGUGCUGACAUCAGAUCGAUCAAAUUCACUAAAAAAAGAGAUAACAAUUUCAGGAGUGGCGGACUCGGAUAUGUGCUCUCAACAACGCCACGCUUCAAGUCGGAAGCGUUUCCAGGUAUAA